AUGUUGAACAAGAUCGUUGAGCUGGGUCUGAAGCAUGUAAAGGCGACCUUCUCAGAGAGUCAUUCCACUGGGUUCUCGAAUGCGAGCCGCUCCGCCAGUGGUGCGAUGGUGAUGAUCCCCAAUUGCUAUGGAUCAAGGGAGACCCAGGAAAGGGUAAGACGAUGCUCCUAUGCGGCAUCUCAUGCCGCAGCGAUAUUGCGAGGUCUGAUCUGGAUGCUGGUUACAGAGCAGUCCUCUCUGGUGACCCACGUGCAGCAGUACUGCGACAAUGGCAGCGAGCAGCCAUUUGGCGGUUGCAAUGCAUGGGCCGUAUUAUCGCAUGUCUUCCAAACUAUCCUCCAGGAUCCCCAGCUCCAACAGACGUAUCUCCUCAUCGAUGCUCUGGACGAGUGUAAUGAUGCGCUCGACGGCCUUUUGGAGUUUAUCGCUCAGUCUUCCUCGGCAUCUUCGCACAUCAAGUGGAUCGUCUCUUGCAAGUCGCAACUGGCCGAUGAUCGAGAAUCUACUUCGCCCGAUCGCAAAGCUGGAACUGAGUCCGGAACACCACACCGGGUCUGUCGCAAAGGCAGUCGACAACUCGCCCAUGUUUCUGGAUGGGAGGCGCAAGACCGUUUGAGUCGAUUUCCACCAGGACUCGAUGCCCUCUACGGGCAGACGCUCCUUCAGAUCCGCCAGUCCGGCCAUGCGUCUCUCUGUCACCGCAUCCUAGCGGUCCUCUCCAUCGUCCGACAGCCACUCACAUAA